AUGUCCGAGGAAGUCAAAAACGCAAGCACCGAUGUCCCUCGCUCCAUGCUGCUCAGCCUCGUUAUAAACGGCACGCUGGCCCUCGGCAUGCUCUUCGCCGUGCUCUUCAGCGCCCAGGAUAUCUCGCAGUUGCUGUCUGAUGAAAGCGCUCAAACAGCUCCUUUUCUGCGCAUAUUCCACCAAGCGGUUGGCUCGAAAGCGGGUGCCACCGUCAUGGUUGCCAUCAUCGUGUUGCUCGAGUUCUGCAGCGCAAUGGGCUGUCUUGCUGCUGCCUCGCGCAUGACAUGGUCGUUUGCACGCGAUCGGGGUCUUCCUUUUUCGCGGGCCCUCAGCAUGAUCGACAAACGCAGCACCAUCCCCGUCAUGUCCAUCCUAGCCGUAACCCUCUUCGCGGCACUCCUGGCUCUCAUCAACAUCGGCAGCAGCGCCGCCUUCAACGGCACGCUCUCGCUCGUCCUCGAAGGCUUCUACCUAUCCUACCUGCUCGCCAUCGGCCUCCUAUUCUGGCGCCGUAUCCGCGGCGACCUCGAUGCAUCCUCCUCCUCCUCAUCAUCCUCAUCAUCCCCCUUUCCCAGCCUCCACCACGAACAUUUCCACCGUCACGCCGACGCCGAGACAAGGAUAUCCUGGGGACCCUGGCGCCUCAAUGCUGCUCUGGGCGUUGCUAACAAUGCAAUUGCCAUUUGCUAUCUGCUCGUCAUCAUCUUCUUUAGCUUCUGGCCCAUCCAGACGAAUCCAGGGGUUGCGGGGAUGAACUGGGCGGGCGUAGUCACGGGCGCCGUGGCGCUGUUCAGUGUGUUGUAUUACUGGGUGUUUGCAAAGAGGACGUAUACGGGGCCUGUGGUUGAGGUGGAGCCGCUGGGUUGA